AUGGGAAACGCAGAAAGUCAAAAUGUAGAGCAUGAGUUUUAUGGAGAAAAGCACGCCAGCCUGGGCCGCAAGCACACGUCGCGCUCCCUGCGCCUGUCGCACAAGGCGCGGCGGACGAGGCACGCGUCCUCGGGGAAGGUGAUCCACAGGAACUCCGAAGUGAGCACGCGGUCCAGCAGCACGCCCAGCAUCCCCCAGUCUCUGGCCGAAAAUGGCCUGGAGCCCUUCUCCCAAGAAGGCGCCUUGGAGGACUUCGGCAGCCCCAUCUGGGUGGACCGAGUGGAUAUGGGCCUGAGACCCGUGUCGUACACCGACUCUUCUGUCGCUCCCAGCGUAGACAGCAGCAUCGUCCUCACAGCCGCCUCUGUGCAGAGCAUGCCAGACUCGGAGGAGAGCAGGCUUUACGGGGAUGACGCUGCGUACUUGGCUGACGGGGGCAGGAGGCAGCAUCCCUAUACAUCCAAUGGGCCCGCUUUCAUGGAGACGGCGAGCUUUAAGAAGAAGCGCUCCAAAUCUGCAGACAUCUGGCGGGAGGACAGCCUGGAAUUCUCACUCUCCGAUCUGAGCCAAGAACAUUUAACAAGCAACGAAGAAAUCUUGGUUUCCACUGAAGAGAAAGACUGUGAGGAGGCUCGGGGGAUGGAACCCCGGGCGAGUCCGCGGCGGCUCAGCGCCUGUCAGCGUGCCAAUUCCCUGGGUGACUUGUACGCUCAGAAAAACUCCGGGGUGACGGCAAACGGGGGGCCAAGGAGCAAAUUUGCAGGCUACUGUCGGAAUCUGGUGUCUGAUAUCCCCGAGCUUGCAAACCAUAAGAUGCCACCGGCUGCUGCUGAAGACUCUGUUCCUUACAGUAAUUACAACACACUCCCCUGUAGGAAAUCUCACUGUCUUUCCGAAGGUGCCACCAACCCACAAAUUAGCCAUAGCAACAGCAUGCAAGGCAGAAGAGCAAAAACAACUCAGGAUGUUAAUGUCGGCGAGGGCAGUGAGUUUGCGGACAGCGGGAUCGAAGGGGCCACCACCGACACGGACCUCCUGUCCAGGCGAUCCAAUGCCACCAACUCCAGCUACUCGCCCCCCACCGGCCGCGCCUUUGUGGGCAGCGACAGCGGCAGCAGCUCCACUGGGGAUGCGGCCCGCCAGGGGGUGUACGAGAAUUUCCGGCGGGAGCUGGAGAUGAGCACCACCAACAGCGAGAGCCUGGAGGAGGCGGGCUCGGCGCACAGCGACGAGCAGAGCAGCGGCACCCUGAGCUCCCCGGGCCAGUCGGACAUCCUGCUCACGGCGGCGCAGGGCACGGUGCGCAAGGCCGGGGCGCUGGCCGUCAAGAACUUCCUGGUGCACAAGAAGAACAAGAAGGUGGAGUCGGCCACCCGGAGGAAGUGGAAGCACUACUGGGUGUCCCUGAAAGGGUGCACACUCUUCUUCUAUGAGAGCGAUGGUAGGUCUGGAAUAGACCACAACAGCAUCCCUAAGCACGCCGUGUGGGUGGAGAACAGCAUCGUGCAGGCUGUGCCUGAACACCCCAAGAAGGACUUCGUCUUCUGCCUCAGCAAUUCCCUGGGUGAUGCUUUCCUCUUUCAGACCACCAGCCAGACGGAGCUGGAAAACUGGAUCACCGCCAUCCACUCUGCCUGCGCGGCUGCCGUGGCGAGACAUCACCACAAAGAGGACACGCUCCGGCUCCUGAAGUCCGAGAUCAAAAAACUGGAACAGAAGAUUGAUAUGGAUGAGAAGAUGAAGAAAAUGGGCGAAAUGCAGCUGUCUUCGGUCACCGAUUCGAAGAAGAAGAAGACUAUAUUAGAUCAGAUCUUCGUUUGGGAGCAGAAUCUCGAGCAGUUCCAAAUGGACCUAUUUCGUUACCGCUGUUACUUAGCUAGCCUCCAAGGUGGGGAACUGCCAAACCCCAAAAGGCUACUUGCUUUUGCAAGCCGACCAACGAAAGUGGCAAUGGGCCGCCUUGGAAUCUUCUCUGUAUCAUCCUUCCAUGCCCUGGUGGCAGCACGCACUGGUGAGACCGGAGUGAGACGUCGUACUCAGGCCAUGUCCAGAUCCGCAAGCAAGCGAAGGAGCAGGUUUUCUUCCCUUUGGGGUCUGGACACUACCUCCAAAAAGAAGCAGGGACGCCCCAGCAUCAACCAGGUGGGUUCCAGGUUGACUAAUUUGAUAAAAAGAUCCCUCAUUGUUUGUUCUGAUGACACUGUUCCAGAUGGCAAGAGGGAGAAAGAAAUGGUCUUGCCCAGCGUCCACCAGCACAAUCCCGACUGUGACAUUUGGGUCCACGAGUAUUUCACACCAUCGUGGUUCUGUCUGCCAAAUAAUCAGCCAGCCCUGACGGUCGUCCGGCCCGGGGACACUGCCCGGGACACCCUGGAGCUGAUCUGUAAGACACAUCAACUGGAUCACUCUGCUCAUUACCUGCGUCUGAAAUUUCUAAUAGAAAACAAAAUGCAACACUACGUUCCAAAGCCCGAGGAGGACAUUUAUGAGCUGCUGUACAAAGAAAUUGAAAUUUGUCCAAAAGUCACUCAGAACAUCCAGAUUGAGAAGUCAGAUACAGCCAGUGAUAAUUAUGGCUUUUCCCUUUCCUCUGUGGAAGAAGAUGGCGUUCGAAGGCUCUAUGUGAAUAGUGUAAAGGAAACUGGCUUAGCUUCCAAGAAAGGCCUGAAAGCCGGAGAUGAGAUUCUCGAGAUCAAUAGCCGGGCUGCAGGCACCCUGAACUCCUCUGUGCUCAAAGAUUUCCUCACGCAGCCGUCUCUGGGCCUCCUGGUGAGGACCUACCCCGAGCUGGUCGGGGGUGUGGAGCUGCUGGACUGCCCGCCCCACCGAGCGGACGGCCCCGCGGAUCUCAACGACAGCCCCCUGGCCUUCCUCAGCAGCAACCCAGGGCACGGCCUGUGCGGCGAGCAGGGCAGUGGUGCUGAGACCGCUCUGGAGGAGACCGAAGGGCCGGACCUGGAAUCCUCAGAUGAAACUGAUCACAGCAGCAAGAGCACGGAACAGGUGGCCGCAUUUUGCCGCAGUCUGCAUGAGAUGAACCUCUCUGACCCGAGCCCAUCGCCUCAGGACUGCACGGGGCCUCAGCUGGCCACCAUGAGGCAGCUCACCGACGCUGACAAGCUGCGCAAGGUCAUCUGUGAGCUCCUGGAGACGGAGCGCACCUAUGUGAAAGACUUAAACUGUCUCAUGGAGAGAUACCUAAAACCUCUUCAAAAAGAAACUUUCCUCACCCAAGAUGAGCUGGACGUGCUCUUCGGAAACCUCACCGAAAUGGUAGAGUUUCAGGUAGAAUUUCUGAAAACCCUGGAGGAUGGAGUAAGACUGGUCCCUGAUUUGGAAAAGCUCGAGAAAGUCGAUCAAUUUAAGAAAGUGCUGUUCUCCCUGGGGGGAUCCUUUCUGUAUUACGCUGACCGCUUCAAGCUCUACAGUGCCUUCUGCGCCAGCCACACGAAGGUCCCCAAGGUCCUAGUGAAAGCCAAGACGGACACGGCUUUCAAGGCGUUCUUAGAUGCCCAGAACCCGAAACAGCAGCACUCGGCCACUCUCGAGUCUUACCUCAUCAAGCCCAUCCAGAGGAUCCUCAAGUACCCGCUUCUGCUGAAGGAGCUCUUUGCCCUGACGGAUGCCGAGAGCGAGGAGCACUACCAUCUGGAUGUGGCCAUCAAGACUAUGAACAAGGUUGCAAGUCAUAUCAAUGAAAUGCAGAAAAUUCAUGAAGAAUUUGGGGCUGUGUUUGACCAGCUCAUUGCUGAACAGACCGGUGAGAAAAAAGAGGUUGCGGAUCUGAGCAUGGGGGACCUGCUUUUGCACACCACCGUGAUUUGGCCAAACCCGCCAGCCUCCCUGGGAAAGUGGAAAAAGGAGCCAGAACUGGCAGCCUUUGUCUUCAAAACUGCUGUGGUCCUUGUGUAUAAAGACGGUUCCAAACAGAAGAAGAAACUUGUAGGAUCUCACAGGCUUUCGAUUUAUGAGGACUGGGACCCCUUCCGGUUUCGGCACAUGAUCCCCACCGAAGCUCUGCAGGUUCGAGCUUUGGCAAGUGCAGACGCGGAAGCAAAUGCCGUGUGUGAAAUUGUCCAUGUAAAGUCUGAGUCUGAAGGGAGGCCGGAGAGGAUCUUCCACCUGUGCUGCAGCUCUCCAGAGAGCCGGAAAGAUUUCCUGAAGGCUGUGCAUUCAAUCCUGCGUGAUAAGCACAGAAGACAGCUCCUCAAAACUGAAAGCCUUCCCUCAUCCCAGCAAUAUGUACCUUUUGGAGGAAAAAGAUUGUGUGCGCUCAAAGGGGCCAGGCCAGCCAUGAGCAGGGCAGUGUCCGCCCCAAGCAAGUCUCUUGGCAGAAGGAGGCGGCGACUGGCUCGAAACAGGUUUACCAUUGACUCUGAUGCCAUCUCGGCCAGCAGCCCGGAGAAAGAGUCCCAGCAGCCCCCCGGUGGCGGGGACACUGACCGAUGGGUAGAGGAGCAGUUCGAUCUUGCUCAGUACGAGGAGCAAGACGACAUCAAGGAGACAGACAUCCUCAGUGACGAUGAUGAGUUCUGUGAGUCCGUGAAGGGCGCCGCGGUGGACACAGACCUGCCCGAGCAGCUUCAGGCUGCGUCCAUCAGUCAGCGGGAGAGAGGCCGCAAAAGCCUGGAUAGUCACGCGUCCCGCAUGACGCAGCUCAAGAAGCAAGCCGCCCUGUCGGGCAUCAAUGGAGGCCUGGAGGGCCCGAGCGAGGAAGUCAUCUGGGUUAGGCGCGAAGACUUUGCCCCCUCCAGGAAACUGAACACUGAGAUCUGA